AUGAAUAAGGCUGAUAAAAGUGUGACGGAACUCCAACCAAUUGCUAUAGGUCCCGUUGAACUUUGGGAGCUGUAUGAAGAUAACUGUUCGGGCGGUAGUCAGUGCGAGAGCGGCGCGCGCGCAUCUUCCACGCACACACACACGCUCGACGAAACUAACUCAUAUAUACAGGUGGUAGUACAGAAGCAGCGGCGCGGGCGGGCGCGCCUCCCCGCCGCCUCCAGCCCCGCCGCCGCUGCGCCGGCCCCGAACAAACUCCACAUGGAGGCGGAGAGACGGGAAGAUGGCGGAGAGGAAUGCGGCGAGGAGGGCGGGUGGGCGGAGGCGCUGCGGCUGCUGCGGGCGCGGCCUCCGCUGCUGCUGCUGCCAUCGCUCGCCGUCGCCGCAUUGCCGCCCGCGGCUGCUCCGAGUCAAAACCGCGACACUCACGAGACACACAUAAAAAGUGAAUGUAAUGAGAACCAGCAAACGGGCGCGGGAGGCGGAGACUCGCGGGCACCACAGGCGGGAGGACUGCGACCACCGAGCAAACCCAAAUCCUCCUGGAGAUUGUUCAACCUCGACGAGAAUAAUUUGGAUAUCACCAACUGCGAAAUGACAGAGGCGAUGGUUGGCGCAGGUCCUGAUGGUUUCGAGGUAUACUACUUCGAGAACGCAGAGGCGUCCCACCUCGCGGCGUGCGGCGGCGCCCGGCUCACGGCGGUGGAGCGCGCCGCGGGCCCCGCGCAGCGCCGCGCCGCCGCGCUGCUCGCCGAGCUGCUUGCCGCCGCACGCCUCCUCAUCGCCGCGCCAGUCGCUUUAUUCCUUGCGUUGUUGAGAUGUUUACUGGAGACGCAGCGCAGCGUGGUGUGUGGACUGGUGCAGACGUGGUCGGACUACGCGCUGAAACCGGCGCUGGCGAUGCUGUACAACGCGGUGCUGCACCCUCCGCUGGUGUUCGCGGGCAGCGCGGCGCGCGGCUCGCGGGCGGCGCUGCGGCCGGCGCUGGCCGCCCUCGGCGACGCGCUGCAGCCGCUCGCGCGCGUCCUCGGCGCCGUGCGGCUGGUGCAUGUGCACGUGGAGCGUGCGCCCUGUCGUUGCGAGUGCAAGAUGCACACAGAGGACGAUUCCAACGUUUGA